AUGUCUCGUCCAGAAGAAUUAGCACCACCAGAAAUUUUCUAUAAUGAUUCGGAGUCCAAAAAGUAUACUGACUCUACCAGAGUUCAACACAUUCAAGCAAAAAUGACUCUACGUGCUCUUGAAUUAUUAAAUAUACCAGAUAACAGCUUCAUCUUAGAUAUCGGCUGUGGGUCUGGACUAAGUGGAGAAAUUCUUUCAGAAGAAGGUGGCCACAUGUGGUGUGGACUAGACAUAUCACCAAGUAUGUUGGCGACUGGAUUAACAAGAGAUUUAGAAGGUGACUUAAUGUUACAAGACAUGGGUAUCGGUAUUCCAUUUCGUGCUGGUACAUUUGAUGCCGCUAUAAGUAUCAGUGCUAUCCAAUGGUUAUGCAAUGCCGAUACUUCUUAUAAUGAUCCAAAGAGAAGAUUAAUGAGAUUUUUUAAUACAUUGUUUGCUGCUUUAAAGAAAGGUGGUAAAUUUGUAGCUCAAUUUUAUCCAAAAAAUGAUGAUCAAGUGGAUCAAAUCUUACAAGCUGCUAAAGUGGCAGGUUUUAAUGGUGGUCUUGUCAUUGAUGAUCCUGAAUCCAAAAAAAAUAAGAAAUUUUACCUGGUUUUAACAUCAGGUUCACCAAGAACGAAACAGGAACAAGUGAACUUACAAGGUGUAACAAUGGAUGCCGAAGAGCUUGGAGAAAAUAUGACUAACCAUGCACGGAGAGCACGUAAGGGUAAAGAGAUGGAAUCUAGUAAGAGUUUUAUUAAUAGAAAGAAAGAUUUAAUGAGAAGACGUGGUAGAAAAGUUGCAAAGGAUUCUAAAUUCACUGGUAGAAAGAGAAGACCUAGAUUUUAG